UGAAUCAACAACUGAUACAUAGUGUUCGUUAUUGUCACUCUGACAAUACAAUAGGAUUCUCUCUCUCUCUCUGUAUAUAUAUAUUUAAAUAUUAUAUCAUAUAAUAAAAAAUAAUAACUAUGGAACAAUUUCUUGGAAAAUGGGUGGAAAUCAAUGAAGAUAUGGAGACCAAGCGCAAAUUUAUGGAGACACUGGCCUUUCCGAAGGAAGUAAUUGAUAAAAGGAUGUCCAAUACAGGUUUUCUGGAAACUGUAAAAGAUGGUGAUCUGUUUAAAAUGACUACAGGCUUUGUUGGCGAUCCUUCUUACAAUAAAUCCUAUCAUUUUAAGAUGAAUGAAACUUUCUCUGAUAAAGAUUUCUUUGGGCAAAAAUUUACGUUGGUUUGUAAAGUUGAAGGUAACAAAUGGUAUGAUAAAUUGACUGAAUCUUAUAAUCAAGCAGAAAUUGAGAAUGUCCGAGAAGUUAUGGGAGACAAAAUGGUUGUGACAACAACUUGUAAUGGAAAAUCAUUGGUUUCAAAUUUCAAAAGAGGAUAAGAAUUAAGGAGAAAAUGAAAUUGGAAAAAAAAAACACAUUUGCAAACACCAACAUAGUAUAGAAAUUUCUAACCGGAGAGUUGACUAAAAUAAUCCAUAAUCCAAGUAUUUUAUCGACACAUAUUACAAUAAUCCAGAAAAAUAAACGACAAAACCAGAUCUGGAAAGAAAAAAUAAUGGGACAAAAUACUGCAAGACCAUUUUGUUUGUUGUUUUGUUGAUUCUAAAAACAAGAAUAAUUGUAAUAUCAACAUCAUGUCACUUUGAAUAAAAGAAGCAAUUAAAUUGUGAAUUA